AUGACGGAAGAGCUUAAGAGGGCACGACUUCAAAGCCAGUCUCAAGGACCGACGGAGGGAUCUGAAACUGGAUUUACUGCUGAAUCCUCGUCGAUCGAUCAGUACGAGAUUAUGAGUAAAGAUGAGUAUUCAGAAAACAAAACCCAGGUUUAUGCGAGGAUGAAUUUUCUUAACAACUUCGUAUGCCUCUUCUCCACCAUAACAAUACUCAUUCUUUUCUAUAGCAGUACUACUUCAGGUGGUGGCUAUACAAAUAUUGUGAACAAUGGCUUAUUACAAUCAGUACAUGAUGAGUUUAAUGAUCGUAAAGAUGUUACAAUGAAAACCAUAACGGUGGACAAGUCAGGCAAAGGAAACUUCACCACUGUGCAGCAAGCCAUUGAUUCUGUACCAGACAAUAACUUGUCCUGGCUUCGCAUCCAUGUUAAAGCUGGCACCUACACUGAAAAAGUAUAUAUAAAAUAUGAGAAACAAUACAUAUUUCUUGAAGGAGAUAGUAGCCAAACCACGACGAUUGCAUGGGGAGAUUCUGGCGACGUUGAUAAAAGCCCUACGUUUUCAUCUUAUGCUGAUAAUAUUGUCGCAAGCAAAAUAACAUUCAAGAAUUUUUAUAACUUUGCUAAAAGUAAGGAUGAUUAUUAUUAUGGGAAUGGGAAAGCAGUUACAUGGGCACCGGCAGCUCUUAUUGUUGGAGACAAAGUGAGCUUCUACUCUUGUUCUUUCAUUAGUGUACAAGACACAUUGUUUGACGCCAGUGGUCGUCACUAUUUUAAAUAUUGCUAUAUCGAAGGUGCAAUAGACUUCAUUUUCGGAAAUGCACAGUCCUAUUAUCAGAAAUGCAUUUUAAAUGUUUCGACAUCGAGUCUGGGCCCGGGGCGUGGUGGUUGUAUAACAGCUCAAGGCAGAGAAAGCUGGAAGCAAACUACUGGUUUCGUAUUCGUUUCGAAUGUUAUCACUGGAAUAGGUCCUACGAUAUUAGGGAGGGCAUAUAGAUCCCAUUCUAGGGUUCUAUUUUACAAAACCUAUAUGAAUAACAUUGUUAGUCCUGAGGGUUGGAACUCCUGGUACAGCAAGGGCCAUGAGUAA